UCAAUUUUCUAACAUCAUAAAGUUGGAGGCACAGUUUGUGCAAGAGAGAAAGAAAGAAAAUCAUACAAUUUCUUCUGCCCAUUUUUGUAAUCAGCAACCCCACCACAUUGGUGGAUCAAUGUUAAUUGUUUAAUGUUUGGAUACAUUCACCUCCACUUUUAUUUUCACAAACUUUCUUUUGAGAUUCUUGUAUUCUUUUCCGCACACGUCAUGUAUCUCAUUUUUCUCAGUUCUAUUCCGAUUUUGCUCUUUAGGUGUGAGUGAAAUUUGAGUGUGAACAAACUAUUUUCUCCUGUUUAAGGAAGGGAGCAACAUGAAAGCUCAAAUCCUUUUUGGGAGUGGGUGGUGUGAGGUGGGUCUUGCAGAGUUUCAGUAAUCAUGCCUAACUUUUCCUUCACUUGCUCUCAUCAAUUCUGGCCUGAGCACACCACCACACUGAAAACCCACCUCCCAAAAUCAUCAAAUGUUAAUCCAAAAAGUGAUGAAGCUGCUUUUCUUUGUUCUUCUUCUUCUGUUCAAUUAUGGCUUUUCUGAGCCUGGUGUUGACAUUGGCUACAACCUCACGAUGCAAGUUCCUGAUGGGCAUGAAAUGGGUUUCACAGGGAAAGCAUUUUUCAUAGACACCAAAGAGACAGAACCACAUUUCAGAGUGGCAUUGGGCGUUGAAGAAGGCAUCAAUGGAAAAUACUCUUGCUCAUUGGAGGUUUUUCUUGGGGAUGUGAAGGUGUGGGACUCUGGCCAUUACUCUAAGUUUUAUACCUCUGAGAAAUGUUUCUUGGAGCUGACAAAGGAUGGAGAUUUAAGGCUAAAAGGUCCAAAAGGGAUUGUGGGAUGGAAGACUGGGACUUCAGGACAAGGUGUGAAGAGUUUGCAAAUACUGAGUACAGGCAAUCUAGUACUUGUAGAUGCAAUGAACAACAUAAAGUGGCAGAGUUUCAAUUUUCCAACUGAUGUAAUUCUCAGGGGCCAGCAACUUGAUGUGGCAACUCACUUAACAUCUUUCCGAAGAAACUCAACUUUAUUCUACUCUUUCGAAAUCGAGAACAAGAAGGUUUCUCUGUACUUAAACUCUGAUAAAUUGAAGUAUUCUUACUGGGAGUUUCAGCCAUCUAUGAAUAGAAGCAUUUCAUAUGUUAAGCUGAGUUCAAAAGGGUUGGUGUUGUUUGAUGUCAAAUACAAGAAAAUAGCACAAAUUCUGUCUCAGAGUAUUCACCCAUUAAAAUUCUUAGCACUGAAGAAUGACACAGGAAAUUUAGGCCUAUAUUACUACUCACCUGAGAUAAGAAAAUUUGAUGCCUCUUUUCAAGCCCUUAACAACACAUGUGACCUUCCAAUUGCUUGUAAACCUUAUGGUGUGUGUACAUUGUCCAAUACCUGCUCUUGUAUUCAGCUUUUGACAAAUGAAAACAAGAAUGAAAACAAGAAUAGUGGUGAUUGUGGCGGCGAAUUUUCUGGCGGGUUUUGCAGUGGUAAAGAGGCAGAAAUGCUAGAACUAGAUAAUGUAAGUAGUGUGCUCAAGGAUGUUCGUAAAAUGGUCAAUGUUAGCAAAGAAACAUGUGCAAAUUUGUGCUUACAGGAUUGUAAAUGUGCUUCUGCCUUUUAUUUUCAGAAUCAAAGCGCUGAUGAAGCAGAAUGUUAUCUUUAUAGACUAGUUCUGGGUCUCAAACAAGUAGAUAAAGGCACAGGAUUUAGUUAUAUGGUUAAGGUUCCAAAGGGUUCUGUUAGAAAUCAUGGGAAACAUAAUGUGAAAACAUGGAUUUUGGUUGCAGUAGGAGUUGCUGAUGGGAUUAUAGUUCUACUUCUUUUUGGACUGUUUGGGUAUUGGUUGAUCAAAAGGAGAAGCCAUACCUUGCAUAAUUCUCAGGCCAGAACUUCAUGAGGAUUUGGGAAAAGUCAUGUCCAGGUUUAGUUUCUGAAUUCAUCUGUGAAAAAAAAGAGAUACAGAAACAUUUUAUUUAAACAUGUAAACACAGUUUUGGUCGAUUGAAGAGAAUUCAUAGAUUAUCAAAGUAAUUGAGAAUUCUUGAUGAAUACAAAGUGUUGCACAUUUGCAACAUAUACAAGUUCUCUGAGAUAUAAUCUCCAAAGUUUACUGCAUACAUGCUUGGUGUCUUCAUGAAUCCUGUUAAUGGAUUUU